AUGGGUAAUGAAGCAGAGAAGGUCUAUGUUGCCUUAGGAAACGAUCUGCAAGACGGGUUUGCAACCUUGGAAUGGGUUCUCAGAAAGUGGUCCUCUCAUUCAAUCUCCAUAGUAAUUCUCCAUGAUGCACCUAUCGACACAUCCAAAGAUUAUGUUUGCACACCAUUGGGAAAACUUCCAGCAAGCUAUUUGACUGAGGAGAAACAGGAAGCUCACAGGAAGAUAAAGGAAGGGGAAGAUGACAAAUUACUAUCUCAGUACCAAGCUUUCUGUGGUCAGGUGAAAGUUGAACUUCUUAAGAUUCAGAAACAUGAUGAGCCUCUCCAUAAUCUCUUAGUGGAAUUGAUGUUGGAGAUAACCAAAUUGGUCAUUGGCAUUUCAUUCAUGAGGUCCACGUUAUGGAAAUCCCACCGUCUUAGUGGAUUACUUCAUGUUCACCGGCAAAGACCCGAUUGGUGUGAUAUUUUCCUGAUAUCUGGAGGGAAAUUGGUUUUCCUAAGGGAAGAAAAUAAUGAAGUAAUCAUAGAGGAUGAUCAAAGACACAUGGUUGCUAAAUUCAAAGAAAAAGGUAGUUUUAGAGCUUUGCUAGGGAUAAAAUUUCCAGCACCUGCCAAUAAUGCAAAAAAUUCACCAUCACCUUCAAUGAGCAAUUCCCAAGAUCAAUACGGAAAUUCUGAGGAAGAGAUCGAAAGUUACUUCCACCAACUGUUACUUUCUAUUUCUGAUGAAGAAGGUUCAGAGAUAGAGACUGACGCAUUGCAGAAUAGUGAAGCCGAACAGGAGAUACAGGAAAAUAUGAGUGCUGCAGAUGAAGUAGAAAUGCUGAAGGUCAAAAUUAGAAAAGCUCAAGACAUGAUCGAACUUAAGAGAAAAGAAGCUAAAGACAAUUUUGAAAGACAUGCUAAAGCUGAAUGGGCCAUUUCUGUGUGUACUCAUCGGGCUGAGGAGCUUGAAGCUCACAUAAAUGAAGAGAUCACUACAAGAGCUGAUCUAAAGAAGGAGUUAGACUCUGCAAAGGAUGAGGUUGAAGAAAUUCAGACUGAAGUUGAAGACAAGAAGAAUAAGCUCAAGACAAUACUGGAACUCCAAAAUGAUCUCUCGAACAAACUAAGACUAUCUUCCAUGGCAAAAUCGCAAGUCGACGCGAAACUAGAGGAGGCAGUGACUGCAAGAGCUGAUAUGGUCCAGAAAAUCGAGGAGUUGAGGCGCCAGAAAGAUGUUUUGCAACGUAGAGUGGAGUUUUGUAGGGAAAAAGACGCUAUAGGAAUGGCUACUAGGAAUAGUGACCUGGGAUUUAGCUCUAGAAAGUUCACGUCUGAAGAAAUUAGAGCGGUGACCAAUGAUUUCUCGGAGCGUUUGAGAUUGAAAUCUGUAGGACGUUGGACAACUGUGUACAGAGGAAGGAUUAAUAAUACAGCGGUGGCAAUCAAAGUGGAUAGUUCAGCCAAUGGGAUAUCACAGGAUGCCUUUGAAGCUAAGGUAAAGGCCCUCAGCCACAUCCGACAUCCACAUCUAGUCGCCAUGUACGGAUUUUGCUUGGAGCUAAAAUGUAUUGUGUUUGAAUACAUGCACAAUGGCUGCCUACGGGAUGCAUUAUUCUCGGUUUGCGGCAGAGGCAAUAGGAGUAGAAUACAAGGGGGUCUCAAUUGGCAUGCUCGGAUUCGUAUCGCAGCUGAGGUUUCAUCGGGCCUGGGCUUCCUUCACUCAGCCCAGCCCAGGCCCAUUUCCCUCGGCAACCUCAACCCUUCCAAAAUCCUCCUAGACCGUAAUCUUGCUUCCAAAAUCCAUGGCUUUAGGCCUGGUUGGUGUCACGACCAAUCCGACGUGUGGUCGGAUAUUCGGGCUUUUGGGAAUAUAGUGCUGCAGCUUCUGAGCGGGAGGAAUUGGUUCAGGCUUCUUGAUGAGGCCGUGGUGAUAGACCGGACGGGCCUCGUUGAGGUCCUUGAUGAGACGGCUGGAGAAUGGCCAGUGGAUUUGGCAGCAGAACUUGCUGGGAUAGCAAGGAGAUGUCUGGAUGAUGGCGGCAGGCUAGAGAGGGAUUCAUUGAUGGUGACAGUGUUCAAAGAGAUCGAGCAGGUGAGAAAAAAGGCCGAUGAUCUAGUGGCAGCCCGAGAAUGUGAGGUGUCUACCAGAGAAGGUGUCUAUACGGAGGAGGACUCAAGAAAUGUACCCGAAGUGUUUCUCUGCCCCAUAUUUCAGGUUGUGAUGAAGAAUCCACACAUAGCCGCGGAUGGAUUUUCAUACGAGCUAGAAGCCAUAGAGGAGUGCCUAAAGAUCCAUGAUACAUCUCCAGUGACGAACUUGAAGCUUAAGCACAAACUCCUCACCCCAAAUCAAACCCUUCGUUCCCUAAUCCGUGAUUGGCGUAGUAAAAGAUCAAUCCCUCUUACAUGAACAUACAAUACCACUUGGUUAAAUAAUCACAAGAGCAAAUCAAGCUCAAUAAAUCUUUUUCCACCUAAGAGUAAAUUCCACCCGUUCUGUGUAACUUUUUGAAUUCAUUUUAAACUGAUUUACUGAUUUUAGAACAGCGGUCUUUUUCUGGUGCUAA